CCAGCUGCUGUUGAAGCCUGAAGAAGAAGAAGAAGAAGAAGAAGAAGAAGAAGAAGAAGAAGACGAAGAAGACGAAGCAGAUGACACGUCACGGAGGUUACACCGGAGGAAAGAUGGCUAGCACCUAUGAGAGUUUCAGAUUGCACACCACACCGGAGAAGUUUUACAUGGAGGCUUGUGAUGAUGACGACUCCGUGGAUGAUGUCCUGGUUAUUGACAGAGUAUCGACUGAGAUGACGCUCGCUGUGAGGACGGACAUUCCUGUGUCAGCUGACAGCAAGCCAGUAUGUGGAAUUAUGGGAACUAUCCGUUUGGUAGCAGGGACCUACCUGAUAGUCAUCACAAAGAAGAUGAAGGUUGGGGAUCUGUUGGGCCAUGCUGUCUGGAAGGCUCUGGACUUUGAAAUCAUCCCAUACAAGAAGACAAUCCUGCAUCUAACUGACAGUCAGAUGCAGGACAACAAGACCUUCCUGGCCAUGAUAAGCAACGUGCUUCACACUGAUGCCUUCUACUUCGCUACAGACUGCGACCUCACCCACACACUGCAGCGGCUGGCCAACACUAGCCCAGAGUUUCAGGACAUGAGCCUUCUGGAGCGGGCAGAUCAGCGUUUUGUCUGGAAUGGACACCUGCUGAGGGAAUUUAUCAACCAGCCAGAGUUGCACAAGUUUGUUUUUCCUGUUAUCCAUGGCUUUGUCAGCAUUCAGCCGUGCUGCAUCAAUCUAAAGGGGUUUGAAUGGAGCAUCAUCUCCAGGAGGAGCUGUUUCAGGGCUGGAGUCCGCUACUAUGUCCGAGGGAUUGAUGUGGAGGGCCAUGCUGCUAACUUUGUGGAGACGGAGCAGAUCGUUCAGUACAAAGGAGCCAAAGCUUCAUUUGUUCAGACUAGAGGUUCCAUCCCCUUCUACUGGUCCCAAAGACCCAACCUCAAGUACAAGCCAAAGCCACAGAUCAGCAAAGCCAUCAACCAUCUGGAUGGAUUCCAAAGACACUUUGACUCUCAGAUUAUUCUCUAUGGACGACAAGUCAUCUUGAACCUGAUCAACCAGAAAGGCUCAGAAAAACCUUUGGAGUUAGCUUUUGAUAAGAUGGUAACCGGUCUGGCUAACAGCAUGAUCAAGUACAUAGCGUUUGACUUCCAUAAGGAGUGCAGUCGGAUGAGGUGGCACCGCCUUCAGAUCUUAGUGGACAUGGUCACUGAGAUACAGGAUGAGUUUGGAUAUUUCCUGGUGGAUGUGGACGGGAAGGUGUUGCAGAGCCAAGAGGGAACGUUUCGGAGCAACUGCAUGGACUGCUUGGACCGUACCAAUGUCAUCCAGAGCCUGCUGGCCCGGCGCGCUCUUCAGUCACAGCUGCAGAGGAUGGGACUCCUGCACUCGGGCCAAAAGAUUGAAGAGCAGACUAACUUUGAGAAGAUGUACAAGAACGCCUGGGCAGACAACGCCGAUGCUUGUGCCAAGCAGUAUGCCGGAACUGGGGCCUUAAAGACGGACUUCACCAGGACAGGAAGGAGAACCUAUCUGGGCCUGCUCAUGGAUGGCUGGAACUCCAUGAUCCGAUAUUACAAGAACAACUUCUCCGACGGGUUUAGACAGGACUCGAUCGACCUGUUUCUGGGGAACUACGCUGUGGAUGAAGCCGACUGGGUCACCCCUCUGCAUGACCUAAAGGACUGGAAGUUUCUGACGCUGCCCAUCAUCAUGGUGGUAGCUUUUUCCAUGUGCAUCAUCUGCCUGCUGAUGGCUGGUGACACGUGGACGGAGACUCUGGCCUACAUCCUGUUCUGGGGGACGGCCAGCAUCGUGACGGGCGGCCUCAUCCUCUUUAACGGACGGGACUUUGUCGACGCCCCCAGGCUGGUCCAGAAAGAGAAGCUGGACUGAAUGUGUGCGUGUGGAAAGCAGCUCGGCCCUGGAGAGCUCGUCACCUCGUCCUUCUCUUCAUCACUUCUUCUACACCAUCGGCAUCAGCAGGCCUGGAGCCUCUACUGACAGGAACAGGAGGAUGAUGGGUAACGGACCACGCAGACUCAGAGAUCAGGACCUGCUGCUGUCCACACGAAACAGACCAGACCUGAAGCACCGGACUUCCAAAGGAACACUGCAGGAACUCUGUUAUUCCCUAAACAGAUGCUUCACCAUCAGGCCGAUGCGGUACAUGAUUUCCUCUUGGAUUCCUCUGUCCUUAUCAGAAUCAAUCAAAGCAGUCUAUUGAUCGUUCUUCGAUCCAAGCUGAGCUUCAGGAUGCAUCUCAGCUUCCAGAGUCAAGCAACUUUUCUCUGGAAGUCCAUCAAGUUCAUGAAGGGAACAUGGAGUGCAGAACACAGUCAGCUGUAAACAGUUAAACAUGUUGUAAACUUUCUGAUGUUAAAUUUAUCUGAAGGAAACUAAACGCUUUCUAUAUAACUGACAGAGCCGGACAUAUUUAUAAAUUUCUUUAUUAUUUAUUAAGUUCUUAUAAACAGAGAAUAAAACUCC